AUGGAUUCUCUGCUAGCAAGCUACGCCUCUUCAGACGAAGACGAAGAUCACCAACAACCAAUCCCAUCCAAAACAACACCCUCUUCUUCCUCCCUAUUCCCCUCUCUUCCUCCACCCAAAUCAUCUUCUUCCUCUUCUCUCUUCAACUUUCUUCCUCCUCCCAAACAACCCUCUUCCGACACACUUUCUUCCCCUCCCUCCAAUUUCACCGGAAUCUCUUCUCUCCCAAAACCUAAAUCCCAAAUCCAUGAAAAACCCAAACGAGUCGUUCAAUUCAAACCCCCAAUCAUUUCUUUACCUAAACCCAAUCUUGAAGACGACGAGGAUGAAGAUGACGAAGAAGAAGAACGAAACAGAAGAAGAAAGUUGGAGUCUUCCAUUCAAACUCCAUCUGUGAAAUCAUUCUUGUCCAGCAUUCCAGCACCGAGAAACUCUUCCACUCUUGGUGUUCAAUCAAGCUCUGGCUCUGGCCGGAGAUCCAUCCUCGAAACUAGCACACCAGCACCAGAGCCAAGUUCUGGUGGUGGCUCUGCAGCAGACAGCAAUGUUCCGGAAGAUCGAGGGGAUUAUGAAAAUUAUCAAUAUGCCACUGAUCAGUAUGAUAGUUAUGGGAAUUACCAAUAUGCAACUGAGCAAUAUGAUAGUUCUGGUGCUAGCACUGGCGCUGCUUCUAACGGUGAUGGGUAUGCGAAUUACGGGGCCUAUGAGGAUUAUGGACAGUAUGAAAAUAAAUGGGUUGAUAGGUCGGAGCCAAUGGCUCCGGAGGAUUCUGGGAUUAGUGAGAGUGUGUUGAAGUUUACUGGGAAGAGAGGUAGGAAGGAGGUUCCGGUGGAAGUGAUUGAGGUGAAGCAAGAUGAGUUGAUGAAGAACAGACCAAGAGAGGAUAAAGCCAAGCUUACAGGGUUAGCUUUUGGACCUUCUUAUCAGCCUGUUUCAGCAAAGGGAAAGCCUUCAAAGCUGAUGAAGAGGAAGCAUCAAAUUGGCUCAUUGUACUUUGAUAUGAAACAAAAUGAAAUGAAACUAGCCGAGCGCCGUUCCAAGGGCAUGCUUACCAAAGCUGAAACACAAGCGAAAUAUGGAUGGUGA